AUGGAGCGGGAGGCGUCGCCGUGGGGCCUCGAGCCCCGAGAUGUGCACAGUCCUGACGAAACUGGGAGCUUCGAAGGGUCCCUCAAAGGCAACAUAAGUGCCAAUGAAGAAGAGGAAAUGUCUCAUGAAGAAGGCUCCGGGGACUAUGAGGUUGAAGAAAUACCAUUUGGACUCGAACCCCCCCAAAGCCCAGAGUUUGAACCCCAGAGCCCCAGGUUUGAGCCAGAAAGCCCUGGUUUUGAGUCCAGAAGCCCUGGGCUUGUGCCUCCCAGCCCUGAGUUUGCACCCAGAAGCCCCGAAUCAGAUUCUCAGAGCCCUGAGUUUGAAUCCCAGAGCCCUAGUUACGAACCCCAAAGCCCUGGGUAUAAACCUAAGAGCCCUGGGUAUGAACCCAAGAGCCCUGAGUAUGAACCCAAGAGCCCUGGAUAUGAGUCCCAGAGUACAGGGUAUGAACCCCAGGACUCUGGAUUUGAAACCCUGAAUCCUGAGUUCAAAACCCAAAGUCCUAAAUUUGAAGCUCAGAGUUCCAAACUCCAGGAAGGUGCAGAAGUGCUUUUGAACCCCGAAGAAAAGAAUUCCUUGAGUAUCCCCUUGGGAGUCCACCCGCUAGACUCCUUCACCCAGGGGUUUGGAGAGCAGCCCACAGGGGGUCUGCCCCUUGGACCACCUUUUGAGAUGCCCACAGGUACCCUGCUGACUUCGCCCCAGUUUGAGAUGCUCCAGAAUCCUCUAGGCCUGACAGGGACCCUGCGGGCUCCCGGCCGGCGGGGUGGCCGGGCCAGGUCUGGGGAAGGCCCUCGGCCUAACAUCUGUGGCAUCUGUGGAAAGAGCUUUGGGCGGGGUUCCACCCUGAUCCAGCACCAGCGCAUCCACACGGGUGAGAAGCCCUAUAAGUGUGAGGUCUGUAGCAAGGCCUUUUCUCAGAGCUCUGACCUCAUCAAACACCAGCGUACCCACACGGGCGAGAGGCCCUACAAGUGUCCCCGUUGUGGCAAGGCCUUCGCUGACAGCUCCUACCUGCUUCGCCACCAGCGCACCCACUCGGGCCAGAAACCCUACAAGUGUCCCCACUGUGGCAAGGCCUUUGGCGACAGCUCCUACCUCCUGAGGCACCAGCGCACCCACAGCCACGAGCGGCCCUAUAGCUGCCCUGAGUGUGGCAAGUGCUACAGCCAGAACUCAUCCCUGCGCAGCCACCAGAGAGUGCACACUGGGCAGAGGCCCUUCAGCUGCGGCAUCUGCGGCAAGAGCUUCUCCCAGCGCUCAGCACUGAUUCCCCACGCCCGAAGCCAUGCCCGGGAGAAGCCCUUCAAGUGCCCUGAGUGCGGCAAGCGCUUUGGUCAAAGCUCGGUGCUGGCCAUCCAUGCCCGCACCCACCUACCGGGCCGCACCUAUAGCUGCCCCGACUGUGGCAAGACCUUCAACCGUUCCUCCACACUGAUUCAGCACCAGCGCUCCCACACCGGUGAGCGGCCCUACAGGUGUGCGGUGUGCGGCAAGGGCUUCUGCCGCUCCUCCACACUGCUGCAGCAUCACCGCGUCCACAGUGGUGAGAGGCCCUACAAGUGUGAUGACUGUGGAAAAGCCUUCUCACAGAGCUCCGACCUCAUCCGUCACCAGCGCACCCAUGCAGCUGGCCGGCGCUGA